UAUCAAGUUGUUCAAAAUUUAAAAGGGAUUUUGUUAGUGAUGAUGUUGGUGAUUAGAGAAGGUAACUAAAGAAUGGAAUGUUCAGGAAAAAUUUUUGUGUAGUAUCAGUGAUAAGACUUUUUUAUUAAACUAACAGAGAAGAGGAUGCUAGCAAAAUUGAAAGUACCGUGUAGAACAUUUUAUUUUAAUUCACUAUACAACUUUCUUUAGGGCCUUAUCCUUGAGAUUUCACUCAUAGCUAGUGCUCUGUACAUAAUAAAUUUCAAGUUGAUAGAAUUGUCUGCAGAAGAGAAUGUACAUAAUUUUAUGAUGUUAUUAUGUUAUCUUUACGUCUCCGACACUGCAGGAUUAUAUCUGGUGCCUUGCAGACUGGGUGAGCACACAUUUCUGACAACUGAAACUUAUCCAUUACCAUAUAGAAUGUUGCCUAUCAAUGACACUCAAUUCCACCCCUCGUCUUUCCUGCUGCUGGGAAUCCCAGGAAUGGAAACGCUCCCCAUCUGGAUCGGCUUUCCCUUCUGUGCUGUGUACAUGAUUGCACUCUUAGGGAACAUCACCAUUCUGUUUGUGAUCCGGGCUGAGAACAGCCUCCAUCAGCCCAUGUUCUACUUCCUAGCCAUGUUGGCCACCAUUGACUUGGGCCUCUCCACAGCUACCGUCCCUAAGAUGCUCGGUAUCUUCUGGUUCAACCUUAGAGAGAUCAUUUUUAAUGCCUGCCUCACCCAGAUGUUUUUUAUCCACAACUUCACAGUUAUGGAAUCAGCACUUCUCUUGGCAAUGGCUUAUGACCGCCAUGUGGCCAUCUGCAACCCACUCUGAUAUAGCACCAUUCUCACUAACAAGGUUGUUUCUGUCAUUGGUCUUGGCAUAUUAGUGAGGUCAUUUGUUUUUGUGUUUCCAUUUAUAUUUCUUAUUAUACGAUUGCCCUUCUGUGGGAAUCACAUCAUCCCCCACACCUAUUGUGAACACAUGGGUCUUGCUCGCUUGUCUUGUGCCAGUAUCAAGAUCAAUAUUAUUUAUGGUUUAUGUGCCAUUUGUAAUCUCCUGUUUGACAUCAUAACCAUUACUAUUUCCUAUGUCCAAAUACUCAGUGCUGUUUUCCAUCUACCUUCCCAUGAAGCCCGCCUCAAGUCUCUCAGAACGUGUGGUUCACAUGUUUUUGUAAUUCUUGCCUUCUAUACACCAGCCCUGUUUUCCUUUAUGACACAUCGUUUUGGCCAGAAUGUCCCCCACUGUAUCCACAUACUUCUGGCCAAUCUCUAUGUCAUAGUGCCACCGAUGCUCAAUCCUGUUAUCUAUGGAGUCAGAACCAAGCAGAUUUAUGACCAUGUGAAGAAAAUAUUAAUGUAGAAAAAAGGAAAACACGAGGAGUAUUAUUCGAUAUGGAUGAGAUUCGGUAUGCACUUUUAUGGAACUUUAGGCAGAGAAAUGAUUUGUUAUAGAAACAUAUUCAGUGGGUAUUUAUGAUUGCUGCCUUCUAUAAGUAUUUCAAUGCACCAAAUUCCCAUCUGUAUUUCCAACUACUUUUCUUAUUACUUUUGCUACAUUCUCUUGACCAUAUUCUAUUCCUUUUAUUUGACCAUUUUAUUCGUUUCAAUGCCUUUUUGAUGUUUUGAUAUCAACAGAUUUGAAUGGACACAUUGUUGCUAGAUUAAUUGGUUUUUCGUGGAGCUUUUUUUCUUCUCCCAAUAUAAUUAAGAUCAUUUUUAAAGUGUCUCUUUUUUUUCAGAAGUGCAGUAUAGUAGGAAUACAAUGGUGACUAUGUUGCUUUCCUGAUUUUGUUGAAUUUA